GCGGAGGAAGAGGAAGAGGAGGAGCAGCGCGAACUGCUACCGGACAGGACUGUGCGGAAAGCAGAAACUGGAGGCUUGAAAUCUUUCUCCUUGGCUGGGCGGAGGAAGGAGGUGGUAGACGGUGUUUUAAGGGAGGAUAAAACUGAGAUUGGAGACCUGGAGCUCCAUCUGACAGCAUCAACAUGGAGCUGGAGAACAUCGUGGCCAACACGGUGCUGCUGAAGGCACGGGAAGGAGGUGGCGGGAACAGAAAAGGAAAAAGCAAGAAAUGGAAGCAGCUGCUGCAGUUUCCCCACAUAAGUUUGUGUGAAGAGCUGCGACAAACCACAGAAAAGGACUACUGCAGCCUCUGUGAGCGGCAGCCUAUUGGACGCUUUUUGUUCCGGCAGUUCUGCGAGACCCGACCCGAACUGAGGCGCUGCGUCAAGUUCCUGGAUGCUGUGGCGGAGUACGAGGUGACUCCAGAUGAGAAGAGGAAGGAGUCCGGUCAGGAAUUAGUCGACAAAUACUUCAACCCAAAGUCAGAGGACCAUGUGCCUGAGGUGGAAGACGCCAUGAUGGCUCAGUGCACCGAGAGGCUGCAACAGGAGGCCUGCAAAGAGCUCUUCAAGGACUGUACCAAAUUGAUCCACGACUACCUGAGCGUGGCUCCCUUCGCUGACUACCUCGACAGCAUGUAUUACAAUAGGUUCCUCCAGUGGAAAUGGCUUGAGAGGCAACCAGUGACGAAAAAUACAUUCCGACAGUACAGAGUUUUAGGGAAAGGAGGCUUUGGAGAGGUGUGUGCAUGCCAGGUACGGGCCACGGGCAAAAUGUAUGCUUGUAAGAAACUGGAGAAGAAGAGAAUAAAGAAAAGGAAAGGAGAGUCCAUGGCGCUCAAUGAGAAACAGAUCCUCGAGAAAGUCAACAGCAGAUUUGUAGUGAGUUUAGCGUACGCCUACGAGACGAAGGAUGCUCUGUGCUUGGUUCUGACCCUGAUGAACGGAGGAGACCUGAAGUUUCACAUCUAUCACAUGGGCGACGCCGGCUUUGACGAGAAUAGAUCCGUCUUCUACGCUGCAGAGAUCUGCUGCGGGCUGGAGGACCUGCACCGAGAACGCAUCGUCUACAGAGACCUCAAACCAGAGAACAUCCUGCUGGACGACCACGGCCACAUCCGGAUAUCAGACCUGGGUUUAGCAGUUCAUGUUCCAGAAGGACAGACCAUCAAAGGACGGGUGGGAACCGUAGGAUACAUGUCUCCGGAGGUGGUUAAGAAUGAGCGCUACACGUUCAGCCCCGACUGGUGGGCGUUGGGCUGCCUGCUGUAUGAGAUGAUCGAGGGCCAGUCUCCCUUCCAGCAGAGGAAGAAGAAGAUCAAGAGGGAGGAAGUGGAGCGGCUGGUGAGGGAGGUGGAGGAGGAAUAUUCCAGCAAGUUCUCAGAGGACGCCAAGUCCCUGUGUAAAAUGUUUCUGGCCAAAGAGCCCUCAGAGAGGCUGGGAUGUGGAGAAGGGGGAGCCUCGGAUAUCAAAGCCCACCCCCUCUUCCGCUCCAUCAAUUUCAAACGCCUCGAGGCCGGCAUGCUGCAGGCGCCCUUCAUCCCUGAUCCGCAGGCCAUCUACUGUAAAGACGUGCUGGACAUUGAGCAGUUCUCCACAGUGAAAGGAGUGGAGCUGGAGCCCAAAGACGAGUCUUUCUACAACAAAGUGUCCACAGGCAGCGUGUCCAUCCCCUGGCAGGACGAGAUGAUCGAGACAGAGUGCUUCACGGAGCUGAAUGUUUUCCAUCAGGACGGGACGGUUCCUCCAGACCUGGACUGGAGAGGACAGCCGUCUCCUCCGCCUAAACAGGGACUGCUGCAGCGGCUCUUCGGCCGGCAGGACUGCUGUGGUAACUGCAGUGACAGCGAUGAGGAGCCCACCAGGCUGUGACAGAGACACACACACACACACACACACAGGAUCUCAUUUGUUUACAACUUUUGCACAUUUGUAUUUUUAACAUAGUACUAUCUCUAAAUGUCAGAAUGUAUAUUUUCAGCAUAACCAUAAUGUUUAAUGUUAUUUAAAAAAAAAAAAGUUGUGAAAAAUCGCCGGUCGACAUGUUCCAAAUGAGGAGACAGGAACUUACGGAAGAUGAACAGACGUUUGAUUAUUAUUUUGUUUUGCUUUCGUUGAUUUUUGGAAGGCUUUGUUUUUUCACAUCUACUUAAACACACGUCCAUGUGUGGACACGUCCAUCUGGAAGCUGCUGCUGGCCGCUGAGCAGAUCCACUGAAAUGCCUGCUGUAAAAGUGCCUUGCUGGAGGGCACUGUGGUAGACUAACAGAGGUCUGAGCGUUCCUCUCUUUACUUUACCCACUUUGUCCAGGGAAUCCUAUACCAGUGACCUUCAGCUCAUGAAUUGUGACCACUUUACUUCUUCCCUCCAUUCUGCUGUGAUAAACCUCACUGCUCCUUCUUCUAUUUGAUUUUUUUGGUGUACUUUGCUUGGUUUUAAAAUGGUGAUGCAAGGGCCAUGGAGUUGUCUUUAUUUGAGGAUAUUUUUAUAUUAAUAGUAUUAUUGUUUUCCUUUGAUUAUGGAUUUCUUUACACUGAAACUCGUGAUAUUGCAGCUCCUAUGACUCUUGUCAAGAUGUGUUUUUCUUUUAGAUUAAAUGGUUGUUUGGUCCAAUUUUACAGAAACUCUUGAGACUUCAAUUAAUCAUUUUUAUGCUCUGGAAAAAUUAUGCUAACAUUUAAUGUUUACUACGUCCAUACGUUUCAGUUUCUGGACAUUAGAUCAUGUUUAGUCAGUUCAUUUAGUCAAUUGUUGAUUUUCAGAUCAAUCUUAAUGACAUAAUUACUCCUUUGAAACCCUUAUGUGGUGAACAAUUCAGCACACCAUUUAAUCUGUAAAGUUUACAUUUUUCAUGUUGAGCUAACCUGCUAAUCUUGUAAGUCAAUAUUUGAUCAGAAUCCUAGUAUUUAGUUGCAACUUGCAGUAAUUAGCAUUUAUUUAAAUUGAAGACCAUUUGAUGUUGUUUGUAACACACCGUUUUGUUACCACUUGUCUCAGGGUUUCUGUAGAAUGUAUUCCUUUACACUAUUGUAUCCUCUCUCAUCCACUAUGUUUCUUUUUUUCGUGAGCAUACAAUGGUCAGAUGAUUUACAGCCUGUGCAGGUUUACAUACUGUAUGUUCUCCCUGUUGGUAGACCUUUUCAUGUAUGGGAGUAACAAAGCAAGAGUAACUCAAGCUUUUGGGAUAAAUCCUGAGACUGACUGCAGAGAAACGCCUCUGUUGCAGUCUUCUUCAAUCAGAAUGGCUUCUGAUUGUAAGCUAUUACAAUGAAAUACCUCUGAAUGUACAAAUGGCUUUCAUGUGAUUUCUGAGGUUUGAGAAGUCUGAUUACAGACACCAGACGAUAUGGAAUUAAUUGAUAAAUGUCUGGAAUAAUUAGAUACAAAAACAUGAUUUUUCAGUCGUCUUAUCUUACCAUGAAGAUUUUAUUUGCUCAGGUUUCAAAUAAAAAAAACAUAUCCCUGAGCUUACUUGUGUGUGCAAAUAUUCCAGCAUGCAUUUCUUUCAACCAAAAUGGCAACAUUUAAACCAAAACUAUCUGCAUGGCCAGAUAUGACCACAGUUGGGUGAUAAAAGUGUGUUUUUUACUCUUUUGAAUGACCUCGUCUUGAAAUAACGUCUAUAGCAGCAACUAACCAUGAAUUCAUGAAUCUACUGAUGCUUUUUUAAUCAGUAAAUGAGUUGUUUUGUCUAUAAAUAUGUCAGAAUAUCUUGAUUGCCAGUUAUAAAUACACCAAUGUGAAGUUCUCAAAUGACAGAACCAAAAGAUACGCAUUCAAUUGUAACAUUUGAGAAGAUGAAUUCAGCAAAACUAUUGAAAGUACUAAAUUUAAUAAUCGAUUCUUAAUAUAAUUGCCUUUUUUUUGAUUAACUAAUGGAUUAUUAACAAAGUGUUGCAGCGCCAAUACACUGUUUUUUGAAGAGCAGAAUUCAUCCUUCAAGAUGUUUUUUUUUGUUUCCAUCCUCUUUUUAUUGUUCAAAAUAUUCAAACAAUGGUCCGCUUUUUAUAAAAAAAAAAUUGCAAAGAGAUUCUUUUGAAUGUGUCCAUUGUUUAUAAUUUCUUUAUAUAAAUCAGCCUUAAAGCCUUUCAUACUUUGCAUUCUGCUAUUUGCCUUUGUUUAGCCACAGAGCCCUCCACAAGUGUAUUGUUAAAGUGGUUCUUUUAAACCAACCAGUUAAAUUAGAUCAAAGAUGACAAAGUCCUUCCCAUCCAAGGUGCCUUUCUGUAUUUAAAGGUUCUCUUCGCCUCUUUUUAUAAACACUGUGCUCAUUUCCUGUCUGUGCUGAAUCACUGUUUGUUGUCAAAACCAUCACUCUGGAUGUCUCUGUGAAAAGGAGGAGGAUGAGACUGAAGAACCCCUGGACUUAAAGAGUUGCUGUUGACUUUCUGGAGUCUCUGCAGUGUUUUUAUAAAAGACAGAUGUCAAAGGGGACAUUUGGGAGUGGGAAAAGCUCCCUAACAUCCUCCAUGGACGUUUAAAUCAGACUCAACUCCUGUGCUGUGUGUCUUCUGUCAGAAAAAAAACUGUCUGUCAUGUUCCCUUUGUCUUGAGGAUGCCCUGUAAUCUGCCUUAAAGGAUGAUUCCACUUUA